AUGCCACCUACACUUGACCCCAAUGACACCAAAGUCACACACCUGAGGUGCACCUGUGGGGAAGUCAGUGCCAUGUCUGCCCUGGCCCUGAAGAUCAGCCUCCUGGAUCUGUCUCCAAAAAUGGUUGGUUAUGACAUUGCCAAGGCAACCAGUGAUUGGAAAGGGCUGAGGAUUAUAGUGAAAUUGACCAUUCAGAACAGACAGGCCAGACUGAAGUGGUACCUGUGCCUCUGUCCUUUUUAUCAAGCCCUCAAGGAACAACCAAGAGACAGAAAGAAGCAGAAAAACAUUAAGCACGGUGGGAAUAUCACUUUUGAUGAGAUUGUCCAUGUUGCUCAACAGAUGCGGCACUGA